CCCCGCACCUCCGCCUGUGACCCCUUCCCGAUACCUGGGUAGGCUUUCACUUAGCAUUUAAAGGCGCUUCCCUUGAGGAAAAAGGAUUUCGAAGCUUGUCUGAAUCCCUCCCUCUAUUCACAAGGUCUUCGCAGGUCUAAAGUCUCAAUAAAACCGAUUUGUGCCCCGGGGUGUGUGAUGUGAGGGUGGGGUGGCGGUAGGGGGUCAGGAGCGAACCCGAACGACUUGGAAACCAGAACGACCAGUUUGGGGCCGUGACCUAAAUGUCUGGAGCCUGGGACUGGUCCAGGCGAGGGCCUCAGCUCAGAGGGGAAGGACACAGCCGGGGAGGGCGACUGCCUCAGGCGGGGGAUGGGGAGUACUAAUCUGAAGGUGGAGGCCGGGGAGGGUUAAUGAUUCCCCGACUGUGUUUUUGCAAAAAGCCCAACUCCUGUUAAGUCUCAGUAGUACCUUCACCUUCCCUCCCUAUAUAAGCGCUCCCAAGAUACGACGAACAAAUAAAAGACCGGAAUUACAGCUGUGCUCGGACCUCCCCCUCCACCACCACCACACACACUCCUGUCGAUUCAGGAGGUGGCGUCGCGUCUUGGCAGGGGUGGUGGGUGGGUCGCUGGGACUUUAAAAAAUAGAUCUGAACACUGACGCGCCCAAGAACUCUAAGAAGCCCAAUUAUCAAAGGGGGAAAGGGAGACCAAGCACAUAUUCCCAAAACGGAGUUGCCAGAAAGGAGCUGAUCCAUCCCCUCCUUCUCCCAAAGUGCUCAGCUCCUUCAGCCUGGAGGAAAAGGUAUCUCUGUAUCCCCCAAGCCUCCGCUCUGUCCUCCCACCCCCACUCCCCCAGCCACAGGCUCAACUCCCGCUGAACCACUAUAGACCCAAGCCUCCCACUUUACCUGCAGUUCACCCCAGGCCAUAACCCUGGGAACUCUUCAAGCCAUCUCAGGUCUCAGCUCUGCAGUUCUCCCUCAUACACAGUUAUCUUUCCUAAGUGGGGGAAAGUAGAGCUAAGGAUUUGGAAGAAGAUCCUGAGAACUUGCAGGGACUCUGAGGGAAGCUGAGGAGGGGGGCCCCUGACUAGGGUGAACCAGAUCCGGUGGGGACUGGGGUACUGAAUCCACUGAGCACCAGCUCACUUCCUCCCAUGAUAUAAUCACUACAGCCAGUCUUAGAGGGGAAGACUCUAGAGAGUUCUCCCUCCCUCCUUCCCUCCCUUGGUCCCACCCGCCUUGCCUGGUCUUGCUUGCCUCCCUGUUUCCAUGACAACUCCAAGGGAGCCCAAACUGGGGGCUUGAAUGCCGGGGUGAGAGGAGGAGAGACAGAGUGAGGGGACCUCGGAAACUCUCCCCCUCCCUCUCCUCGGUCCCUUUAAGCUCCCCCCCCCCCCCGCUCUCCCUCCGCCCCCCGCCGCUGUCUUCAUCUCUCCAUCUCUGUGCUGCUGCCGGCUGCGCAAUCUGCACACCGAGACUCCGACGCCAGCCAGGGACCCCGACUCCCGCUGCAGGGACCCUGUCCCAGCCAGACCACAGGCAUGUCAUCGGAAAAGUCAGGCCUCUCAGACUCAGUCCCCCACACCUCUCCACCACCCUAUAAUGCCCCCCAGCCCCCGGCCGAACCCCCCGCCCCUCCCCCACAGGCAGCCCCUUCCUCUCACCAUCACCACCACCACCACUACCACCAGUCCGGGACCGCCACCCUCCCGCGCUUAGGGGCAGGCGGCCUGGCUUCUUCCGCGGCCACUGCUCAGCGCGGUCCCUCAUCUUCCGCCACUCUGCCGCGGCCACCACACCACGCCCCGCCCGGCCCGGCCGCCGGGGCGCCCCCACCCGGCUGUGCUACCUUGCCCCGCAUGCCACCCGACCCUUACCUGCAGGAGACUCGCUUCGAGGGCCCGCUGCCCCCGCCGCCGCCAGCCGCCGCCGCGCCGCCUCCGCCGGCGCCCUCUCAUACUGCCCAGGCUCCGGGCUUCGUGGUGCCCACGCACACGGGGGCGGUAGGCACGCUGCCACUGGGGGGCUACGUAGCCCCUGGCUACCCCUUACAGCUGCAGCCUUGCACUGCCUACGUGCCGGUCUACCCGGUAGGCACGCCCUAUACAGGCGGGACCCCGGGGGGAACAGGAGUAACGUCCACGCUCCCCCCGCCGCCCCAGGGCCCAGGGUUGGCCCUGCUGGAGCCGAGGCGCCCGCCGCACGACUACAUGCCCAUCGCGGUGCUGACCACCAUUUGCUGCUUCUGGCCGACGGGCAUCAUCGCCAUCUUCAAGGCCGUGCAGGUGCGCACGGCCUUGGCCCGCGGAGACAUGGUGUCUGCCGAGAUCGCUUCACGCGAGGCCCGGAACUUCUCCUUCAUCUCCCUGGCGGUGGGUAUCGCAGCCAUGGUGCUCUGUACUAUCCUCACCGUAGUCAUCAUCAUUGCCGCGCAGCACCACGAGAACUACUGGGAUCCGUAACGACUCGCCCGGCCCGGCCCCACCCCGCGCCCCUCAACCUCCCAAGCGCGUUCUGCAGCCACGCCGCGGAUCCAGUGGGUGCCCCGCACACCUGCCUCUGGGGCCACCAAAUUUCGAUACAUCCUAAACUCGGCCUCCACGGAACUUCUCGCCUUGCGGGCACGCUCCGAAUCCAGUUCCUCAGGAACCCCGAAAAAACCCCCACCCUCAGAAAUACCACUUCCCAGGAUCCCCGCCAAAUGCCCGACCCUCAGUCACUCCAGUCCCCCGCCGCCUCUAAAUGCAGCGCCCCCAGCCGAGCUCCUUUGGUCUCCACUCCCCAGCCGGAGACUGGUCCCCCAAGCCCCGCCUCCUCUGUAGGCUCCGCCCCGGCUCCAACAAAACCCCGCCUCCAGGUCGGCAGGCUCCGCCUUCUUUUCGUCCCCGCGGGGUGAUUCAGUCCAGUGAUUGGGUUGUGGCCGUAGGCCUCUCCCCACACUGACAGACUCCUCCCCUUCUCCUGGCGCAGGGACCUAGCCCCGGGUAGCCACGACCCCACGCUCUCUCAUCUUUUCGUAGUACAGUUUUGUCUCCAUCCCGGUCUCUUCCUAUUUUCUUGCUAAUCCCAGAACCUCUACUUUUGGUAUUUUUGGAAUGAGAUUUGGGAGGUUCCCAGUUUAGGACCUUUCACCCUGGGAUGACGAAAGCCCCCUUUCUCUGUAAAUAUUCCCUUCCACCUGUCCCAACCAGUGGGCAGCUGGGCAGAAGGUAACCCAGCGUACGGACCUCCCAGCGUCGGAGGAGCCAGUCCGCUCCCCGCUCCCCUCGGCAGUCCCCACCUUGUUCUGAUUUGUGUGUGAGUGUGUGUGUGAAUUUCUGAAAGAAUAUUAAAGAGACUAAGUGGAUUUAUCAC